AUGAGAGGAUCCUGGGAGUGGGACUGGUUCCAGUUGACUCUCAAAGAGGGUUUGACUGUGUUUAGAGACCAACUCUUUUCUGCUGCAAUGGGCUCUGCUGCUGUCAAAAGAAUCGAAGAUGUCAACUUCUUGAGGGCCCACCAGUUCCCCGAAGAUGCGGGCCCCAUGAGUCACCCCAUAAGGCCCGAGGCCUACAUAGCAAUGGACAACUUCUACACACUCACAGUCUACGAAAAGGGCGCGGAAGUCGUCCGCAUGUACCACACGCUGCUGGGCCCCGAGGGUUUCCGAAAAGGAAUGGAUUUAUAUUUCAAAAGACAUGAUGGACAAGCAGUGACUUGUGAUGAUUUUAGAAAAGCAAUGGCGGAUGCAAACAACAAAGACUUCACCCAGUUCGAGCGCUGGUACUCCCAGGCGGGAACCCCUGAAGUGGAGGUUUUGGAGCAGCGCUACGACGCCAGCAGCAAAAAGUUCUUUUUGCGGCUGCGACAAAAAACCCCUCCAACUCCAGGACAGCCAACGAAGUUGCCUUUAGUCAUUCCAGUCAAAACUGGACUUAUUGGAAAAGUUUCCAAAAAGGACCUUCUAGACCCCCCAACCCAGCUCCCGUGA